CUUGGCACUGAAUCCUACGUUUGCAUUUUUGCCGUUCUGUUGCACAUGCAUAGUCCGCGGUCCAAUUCAAGCGACCUUCGUUGAUCUUGGGAAUAGAUUAGUGCAUUGCGAAUCCUUUAUAUUGCCGACUCAUCCGAGAUUGAGGGGCACUCCCAAGGCGAGGUCUGGCGCCUUCGUGCUUUGGUCAAUGGCUUCAUUCUCGCAUCUGUUGACAGCUCACGAGGCAACACAACCGGGACUUGUGACUACUGCAGCUGUCGAAAGGGUUGUUCGUACUAUUGGAUGCUGAGGUUUGGAGGUGGCAACAUGUUGGGUUCCCCGGCCAUACCCAUGCCCGGAUUUGGACCUUUGUCUUUAUCGGAUGUGGCACGAUAAAUGGGACGAACUAUGGACCGCUCGCCAAUAUCGAUACCUGACGUUUUGGAGCGUAUCACACAUGUGAUGAACAUGAAGGUAUGUUGACUUGCGGCGUCAUGAAACUCUUCUUAGGGUACACGAACGCCGUAUCUGAAAAGGAGAUUAGCUACACCUCUAUACGAUUGAAUUUUGUUCAAUUCUGUUGAAGACAGAAUUUGACUCCGCUGUAGCUAUCCGAAUUGAAGUCGUGAUCUUCCCCUUCGCGCAACAUGGCAGGUACUGGCCUUCAACCAGUCAACAUCUUCCUCAUUAUUUUCCCUUUCCUAGUGUCCUUCUCGAUUGUAUCUAUCAGGAUAUGGAGAAAGAUCAAGAAGCGUACCUAUGCUAUCGAGGAUACACUCUUGGUAGUAGCAGAGGCUAUACUGGCAGUACUCACAGCCACUAUGUGGAAGUAUACGUUCGGAGUGUUCUCUACACCUCUACCAUCUGACUCAAUUCAGUCAUCCUGGUGUCUUACGCAGGAUACCAUUUGGCCGCCUCGGAAGUAUCUACCAGAUGCAGUUUGUUUCCGUUCGUAGGGUCGACAACACGCAUCGAGAUCCGCAAGUUGGAGGCGGCGUAUAUAAUGCGUCUUUGCGACGAAUCUGGAACGGGAGCUAGCAUAGGUGCAGGCUCAGAGAUCUUGGUUUUGUUAUUACACCACAAGUAAUAAGUCCGUGAUCUUGACUGCGCCAGUCUCAUGAUCGCGCC